AUGGUUCAGGUAUCAGUUGUCAGUAUGGAGCUUUCAGUAGAAGAUACGUUCCAAAAUGAGUUAUAUAAGAAAUAUGAAUCUCUGAAAAAGGUACUUAUACCAAAACCAGAGUACUUUUUGUUGAUAAAUGAACUGAAGCAUUUAAAUGAACAAUCGUCAGCUAAGUCACACCAAGGUUAUUAUCUUCUGUCCAAGUAUGAGAUUCUUCAGUGUGGUGAUGUUGAGAAGUUGAUAAGAUGUCGCAAAUCCAACGAUGACCCGAUACAGUAUUACGUGCACAUCGAAGAGACAUUCGAUGUUAUCAAACGUGCCCACAUUGCCACUGGCCACGGUGGUCGCGAUCGAAUGGUAAAGGAGUUAGGCAAGAAGUAUGCCAAUGUUACCAGGGAUUCUAUUGAACUGUUUAAGUCAAUGUGCAUUGACUGUCAGCGUAAACGUGUUCGACCGAUGACAAAGGGUGUGGUUGUCCGACCGAUCUUGUCUAAAGAGUUCUCCGCUCGUGGCCAAGUAGAUCUCAUCGAUAUGCAAUCGUUACCGCAUGGUUCUUUCAAGUGGAUUAUGGUGUAUCAGGACCAUCUUACAAAGUUCGUUGUUAUCCGCCCACUGACAUCAAAGCGAGCUGCUGAGGUUGCAUACCAACUCAUGGACAUAUUUCUGCUAUUCGGUGCGCCACAUAUAUUACAGAGCGACAACGUUCCGAAUUUUUAUCUGUCUGGUGAAAAAAAAUCAUGA